AUGGGCCUUUCAGCUUCAUCGCGUUCAAAUAGCUCCGUGGCCCAUGGUUUUAUUAUUGGCGACGAGCCAAUCACAUUGUUUCGAUCGGAACUCGAAAGGCUACAAUAUAUACUGCAUUUUCCGGAAGAAGUAGCUUUCCAGUUGUCAACAACUGAAUACCAGUUGUUCUAUGGCAUGCAGCCGAUGGAUUACGUACGCUACGUAAGCUGUGAUUUAACCUCUGUACCAGCGGCAGACAAUCCUAGCCCUGUUCGAAAUCUUGUUAAACGUCUCUCGGAGGUCAGCUCCUGGAUAACGCAUGUCAUUGUAAGUAUGCCAACACAUGAAGAUAGAAAAACAACGCUUACAUCAAUUAUUCGCAUGAUCGACGUGUGCUGGAACAUUGGCAAUUUUAAUGCAGCAGUUGAAAUUUUGAUUGGAUUAAGAAGUGAAAAGUUGCGGCCAUUUUGGUUGUCGUUGAAGCCUGAUGACAAGCGAAAAUAUGAAGAGUUCUGUGAUAUAUUGCUGCCUGGUAGUCAGACUGGUCUAUCAACACCAUAUCGAGAAGCCAUUCAGCGAGCUUUGCGCAUGCCGCAGUGCAGACUUAUUCCAUUUUUUGGGAUUUUCUUGCGCGAUUUGUAUGCAAUUGUCAACGAUGUCCCUAGUGUUGUGAUGAUCAGCCAUGAAGGCGAAACUGACAAACUUGAGUUCAUGAAGGAACAAAAUGGGGACGAUCAUUAUUCAUCUAAAAUUGCUGUGGGUGGGCUGUUAAAUCCUAACAAGAUCAAUCUGGUUGCUGUGGUACUUGAUAAUUUGGAAUUAUUUUAUCGCCACAAGAAAAAUAUUUCCGGUUUUGUUGUCGACGAGAACAGGCCAAGCAGUGGAAAAGAAAGUCGUGAUUCGAAAGGUUAUGAGCCAGUGCAACCAGUGCGCGGUGUUGCAAAGGAUGUUACCUUGGUGCCACUGGAUACAAACCGUUUUGAUUUGGACGUGAUUCAGCGGCUUCACCAUGGUACCACUGUAAUUCAUUAUGAUCCGGACACUGGCCGCAGUUCGUUUUGUUUGCUGAAACUGGAUCCAAGUUGCAGCUUACUAUCUUGGCACAAGGUUGGAUACCUCGGAAGCAAGGAGAGUAAAGACAAAGUAUGUCUUUACGAAAUUUCCGAUAAUCGUACUCCUGCAACGUCGCCAUAUGCACGUUCUGCUGGAGCUGCUCAUAUUGCUUUAGACGAUGGAUUUAUACAGCUUUGCUAUGUCAAAUCCAUUGAAAGUGUCGACUCAUAUGAUGUGGAUAUCGAGGGCAUUUAUCGGCGUCACACCAACGAGGAAAUGUCCAUACCGAUGCUGUGUUGGACGAUUAACUUCGGCUGUCAUUUGCCGGAUAACGAAUUUUUGUAUUUUAUUGCACCACAACAAAGCGCUCAUUACUGGAUCACUGGACUAUCAAAUGUUAUAAGCCAGCUAAUGGAGCAGCAGCGGUGCGCCGAUCGGCGAGUUAUUUGGCUUAAAAAGUUAUAUCUGCGUUUAUUAAGUGCAGAACUUGGUCCACGUCCUUGGCAAGCUCUACAAGCCUUCGGGUUGGAAAAUGUGCUGUCAGCAUCACAACAGUCGGAAUCGCUGGUAACUGUGGAGCCAGCAGCAACGAAAAGUCGCUUGAAACAAAUGACAAAUGCUGUAACUCGACGGAUGAAAGCUGCAGGACGCGCUGGUGCUCGGUCAGAAAGCCCUCAACCGCUUCUAUCCUUAAAAUUUUUUAAAUCGUUACAUUUUUGCUGGUUUUACAAAUGGCAUUCAUUUUCCUACAGUAUCUGUAGAUCAAAAAACGUGGAAUUGACGGGAUUGAGCCCGCUAAUUGGCAAGGAACACGCGCUGGCAUCGAGUUCUUCGGAACGAGAGUACCAUGAAAAAUCUGUAACAUUAUUCGAAUUUGUCGAACUGUACAAAUUAUUCAGCACCAAAAUGCGAAAGGAUCUCAACUUCAAAACAGCACAUCAUAUUAAUGAAAAGCAGCAAAAAAUAUAUAACGCGCUCGCUCUUGCCAGUGUUAACAGUGUGGGCCUAAUGGAUACUUCACGAAGCUCAUUUUUAACACCUGCGAUGUUGAAGCGGUUCAUUGAGCUACACCAAAUGGAAGUUGUUGAUGAUGAAUAUGCCAUUAAACUCAUUCAGGAGCAUGAACCGGAUGCUGCUUGCCGGAACAAUCACCAACUUUCAUUUGAAGGUUUUGUACGUUACAUGAUGGAUUCAUCGAAUUAUGCAUUUAUACCGGAAGCAGUUAAACCUGAUCCCAGUACACUUGAUCAUCCUUUAAGCUAUUACUUUAUUUGCUCCAGUCAUAAUACGUACCUCUCUGGCCAUCAGCUUAAGGGGGAAUCAUCUGCUGAAAUGUAUCGUCAGGUGCUAUUAACGGGUUGUCGUUGUGUUGAAUUGGAUUGCUGGGACGGUGAUGAUGGUUUGCCGCAAAUAUUCCAUGGUCAUACGCUAACAUCCAAAAUUGGCUUUCGGCAAGUGCUCAGUGUUAUCAAGAAAAGUGCCUUUGUUACAAGCAAUUUACCCGUUGUGCUAUCAAUCGAAAAUCACUGCUCGCUUCAGCAGCAGGCACGAAUGGCGCAGAUGUUCAGGAACUAUCUUGGCGAAAGUCUGGUCACAAACUUCUUGUUUGAAGCUGACUAUAGCGAUCGUCCACGUCUUCCGUCACCAUGGCAGCUACGGAACAAAAUUUUGAUCAAAAAUAAAAAAAUGGUCACAGAGCCAAGCGCUGGUCUACAGCUGGAUAAAUCGAUGACAAAAAAUGAAGCAGAACUGAUGAUGGAGCAAGCAAAGUUUGUCAUUAGCAUUCUCUUUCACUUUUAUACCUUCUUGUCUCACUAUGCAGGUCCUAUAUUUGAUUUAAAAAUGGACGACGAAUCUGCAUCUGUAAAUUUGGAGGCGGUGACAAGAAGGCCUAUUAAGAAGGCACCAAGAGCUCCAAUUGCACCCGAAUUAUCAGAGCUUGUUAUUUACGCCCAAGCUGUUAAGUUCAAGGGUUUUCCUGGAAUGACAGGGUUUGCUUUUCAACAACGAGAAGAACCAUUGAAAACCGCGGUAUAUGCAUCAGCACGAAAUCGAACAGGCUCCAAUCUGCUUUCUAUAGCAACUCCACCACGUCGAUUACGAAGUACCGCUUUGUCAUCUUCGUCACUGAGACCUAACAGCAAUGCGCCCUGCUAUCAAGUAACUUCGCUAAAUGAACCAUCGGCCAAAAAACUUACAAGGAAACAUCCACUGAAAUGCAUUGCUUUCUCGCGAAACCAGCUGAUGAGGACAUAUCCGAGUGGCAUGCGCAUUGACUCCUCCAAUUUUAAUCCUGUUCAGUAUUGGGCAUUUGGCAUACAAAUGGUCGCGCUAAAUUUUCAAACCGCUGACACUGCAAUGGCAGUUAACGCAGCGAUGUUCGAACAGACCGGGAAUUCUGGCUACAUCUUGAAACCGCGUGUUUUUUGGGACGACUCCCACCCAUACUACAAUCACUUCAACCCGUAUGAUAAAGAUGUUUCUUCGCUACCUGCAUUGCUUUAUACAGUCACGGUGAUAUCUGGCCAGCACAUUUGCCCAAAUCAGCAUAGUGCUUCAUCAUAUGUUGAAAUGGAAAUUAUCGGAAUACCAGCUGACUGUGCUAAAGAAAAAUCUAAAAUAGUAAGCCGGAAUUCGGUAAAUCCAAUCUGGAAUCAUACUGCAACAUUUCGGAUUGUAUUUGUUGAUCUCGCUUUUUUACGAGUUGCAGUCUGUGACAGCACCAAUGGAAGGUAUAUUUUUAGUUGA